GGAAUGACACGGUCGACUGCACAUUUGAUAUGGCGACUGAAUCGAAUUGGACCGGCUUUGUAUUUCAAAUUUGUUUUGUUUUGUCGCAUUACCCACACAAAAGCGGGCGGUUUGCUUACAACUAAUUACCGCCGUACUCCAUUCAAAGCAAUUGAGCGGAUAAUUUCGACAGAAAAAAGAGUCAUUGUUCUGCGCAGUGACCUUUAGAAAUCUGGCUAUGACUCCAUCUCGAGGGUAUAAUUUUUCUCUCACUGGAUCUUGUACUGUAUCAUGUGUUCUUCUGCAUCCAUCAUUAUUGCUCACUUAAACCCAAGAGUUUGUUUAUGGCGAAUAUUAAGGUAUUUGCACGUUUGAAGCCGUGUCAGAAUAUAAAUCAGGAACUCAUCCGUUAUGAAGAUGAAGCGAUUUGUAUUCAGUCGCGUCGGGAAGUUACUUCGCACUCCAUUAGUUCUGGAUCCUCUAAUCUACCGGAAUCGAUCAGAUUUCGGUUUGCACACGUUUUUGGAACGGAUUCGUCGCAAAAUAAUGUGUUCGACGUGGCCGCAAAGGAUAUAGUCAAAGGAUUUAUGGAAGGCUACAAUGGAACAAUAUUUGCUUACGGACAAACAGGAGCUGGGAAAACUUAUACUAUUCAAGGGGAAAUUGAGAGUGUCACCUCGUUAGUAUUUUGUUUUUUUGUCUUGUAGCUGUAUUUUCCAAGCCUACAAAAGGACAAACCUGAAAAUAGCUAUAGUUUGGUUAUAACUCUUAAGGGCUACUCUUGUUUUGCUAGUAUAAUUUAUUUUUAUCAUACCCUUGAUGUUUAAUACGUUUUUUUAGAUGGCAUUGGCGAAAAACAAACGGGAAGAAAAACAAGUCUUCUCAAGUUACUUGACUGACAAUAUUUCACCUAACCUUAAUGACGACGUGUGAAUUAUCUCAAAGAUGGUUGACUGGGUAUUUUUCAACAUUGUAUGUAAAAUGUUACGACUUUUUAGCUGAAAACUAGACAGCUAAAUUUUAUCAGUCAUUUACGCUAGCAAUCUGGUAUCCUGAGAAGUAUCUCUCGGAUUUAAAUUAACACGUGAGGAAACCCACGCACAGGAUUAUCAAAAAUAUUGCAACAAUUUGAACUUGCACGUGAGGUUAUUCAUGACCAAUAUCACCGGAAAGUUGGCAAGAAUUUGCACGUUCUUAAGUGGAUUCGCGAUCUGAUAUAUUAUAGAUUCGAAGUGAUCUUUUAAAAGCUGUAGCCAUUUCUCUGUAGGAGUUUGCUUUUAUGGUCCACUGACAGAUGGCAAUUUGUUCCCAUAUCUAAUUCUAGUUCUGACUUAAUUAAUACCGGAUACGAUUUUUUUUCUGGCAAAGUGACCUUGAUGUGGCUGUUACAUAUAUUUUAAAGUGGCUCCCGCAAUUUCCAUGGUUCCAAAUGCAUCCUUUGAUAAUGAUGAAGUUUGGCUUGUUUUACUGACAUUUUCCUGCAAGAAAGCUAUUUAUCUCAUUCUUGGUUUUUCUAAUUCUCAUCUUAAAAUCUGAAACUAUUUAUAGGGUUGGCAUUAUGUAAUGACAUCAGUCUUGAGAAUCACAUGUUGUAGUUGUAGAAAUAAUGGCGAACAUGAGGAGAAGAUGGGGACAGGAAAUUGGUUUUCAAGAUGAACAAGUUAGACCAUAUUUGGAAGAGGGUAGACAUGCCAUAAAUAGAUUUUAAAAUUCUUUAAUAGGUAGUGGCACAUUUUUGCGCAUGGAAAUUUCAACAUGUCGAAUCUUCCUGCAAAAAGCAAUUUUGUUUAAAAUGGUCAAAAGUUGUAGAAACUUGGAGGGGGGGAGCAGUGAGAUCACAGAAUUUUAUGGACAAGGGAGCUAAGUCUUGAUUCAGAUUAUGUAGAGUCUUAUAGCUGGGGCAAUAGUAUUUUUAAUUGCUACAGAGCCCAGUGAGGUAAGGAUGAUCUAAAUCAUUAGAGUUGCAAAGCUGUAGCCACGAUAGAGGAAUAAUUUCUGCUUCUUUUAAUUUCAUGCCGUUGCACAACCUCCUUGUGGUUCAUAUAUCUGUAGCUUUUUUUAUGGAAACAGAUUAUUCAGUGAGACGGCAGAACUAGCUAGGAGGAUCAAGGAAUGGGAGGGGGGGUCAAGAAAUUGGGAUUCUAUCUGUAUUCAUUUGUAUUUAGAGUUGCGAAGCUGUAGCCAUAAUAGAGCACUAAUUUCUGCUUCUUUUAGCUUUAUGCUGUCACCCAACCUCUUUGUAACUCAUUUCUGUAGCUUUUUGUCACUGAAGCAGAUUAUGCAGGGAGACUGCAGAACUAGCUAGGAGGAUCAAGGAGUUGGGGGGGUGUCAAGAAAUUGGAAUUUCAUUUGUAUUCUAGAUGUAUGUGUUCUUAUUGUUUGUAAUUCCUGUUUGUCAUAAAAUUGAAAAAAUCAUGGUCAGCCCUAGAUGACUAUACAAUGAACGGAUAACAUAUGAUAAAAAAUGAAGAAUAGGUAUGAAUUUCUACUGGUAAACUUAAAAAAUCUUGUCUAAAAUUAUCUCGAUGCUUAUAUAGAUUUGUGACCUUCCAGUAUCUUCUUCAUUCUUGACCCUCAGGACCUUAAUUUUAUUGUUUUUAAAUACUUGCAUUAGUUAAUAUUGCGUGAAAAUUUGAGACUCUUUUGUCUAUGACAGUUGCUUUUUUUUCUAUAAGUAUCAGUAUAAGUGUUGAGCAUCUAUAUACACAUAAUGGCAUAGUUUGAUAUUUGACCAUUCAUUCUUAGAUCCAACAACAAUGGAAUCAUUUUGCAAAGUCUGUCCAUGAUUUUUGACCACAUUAGUCAAGUUGAGCAUGAAACAAUCAGUAUUCAUGUUUCAUUCAUGGAAAUCUACAAAGAGAUGGCAUUUGAUUUGCUGGGAUUUAUCCAGGGUAAAGAUACAGGGAAAGCCAAGCAGGUGAGGUAGAUUGUUUUAACCCUUUAUUGUAUGUGGGGAAAAAUUACUGAAUGCUGUUUGGCCGAGACAGAGUGCAUUUUUUCUUAAUCACGAGGGCACUUUUGGUAGUGAAGAGGGCACAAUCACUUGAUGCUGAUUGAGUGUUUUUGCUGUUUGCAGUAACAAAUUUAGUGAUUGCAGUUUAACUGAGUGAAGUUGUUGACUAUAUUUCAGGAAUAAAAUGUUCAUUGGAUCUAUUGGUCAGUUACAUUUAUGACAACGUUUGUGACGACAUUGAAAGGGUAUCAUGGUAUGACAUCAUGCGGGAAUGCAAUUCCCCCAAAACAUUUGCCCUUUAUGUGAUAAACAAGUAAUCGCAAGAGCCCUUUGGGCAAUCAAGGAUUAAUUUCAUAUGUAUUUUCAAAGUUUUCCAAAAAUUACCCUCAUUGUUUCAUGACGUGGGCAAUUUUACAAAAACUGUGAAAAUACGCGUAAAAUCAAUCCAUAAUUGCCCCCAGGCCUGUGUGAUUGCAUAACUAACUCCCAAGAUCUGAUUGUUAAUUCUCCCCUCUUGCUGCAACACAUUUCCUUGUAAAUUAGUAACAAGAAUUUGGUGUUGGAUCAACAUAACAAAUUCUAACUAAUAAGAUUUAGUAUUCUCAUUACCUGUUCAUUGAAUAAUAUCUGAAUAUUAUUGGAAGAAGUUAUAUGUUGAUCACUUCUGGAAGUGAAAGAAUUAAUAUACUUUGAAUCAUUGUUUGAGUCUACUCACUUUGAUCCAUGUUCAUGGUUACUCUAACAGGUUCUGGUUACAAUGGCUGGGGACGGUGUCUGCCAUCUUCAUGGAAUUUCUCAUCACCAUGUACAAUCAUUCGAUGAAGCCGCAGGGUUAUAUCAGUUGGGCAUGGCAAGCUGCAAAACUGCUGAAACACCUGACGAUAAAAGAUCAUCCAGAUCACAUACUGUGUUUAGCAUUAAAAUGCUCCGUCAAAGGCCUGGUGAAGAGAUAUUUUUGAGGUGUGUAAAAUGAUAUGACCAAAACAGUCUGAACAUGUGUCUUUUGACCUCACUAUGGAUUUCUUGCAGUACAAGAAUUUACCCAAAAUUUUGCACAGAUAGAAAUUUUUACUUAAAGAGAGUGACUUGAACUGAAGCAAACUUUUCACCCCUUUCAUACUCAGUGUCUAAAUAUCAUUGCUUGGCAUUGUUUUUUAUACAUUUUUUUAUGAUUGUGCAUCUGAGAAUUUGGUAUGAAAUCUAACAUUACUCCAUUGUUGAUACAUUUCUUUCCUGUCACCUUUCUGUGUCAAAAUAUGGCACUAUAUGGGGAAAUUCAAUUUUGGUCUAAUAAUUUAUUCAUGUAGCCAUGGUACUGAUUCCAUGAUUUAUUAUUUAUAUCACUGGACUUAUUACUGUGCGUAAUAAUCUGUUCUUGUAGCAAGGGCUCCCAGAUAUAUUUAUAUUGUAGGACUUAUUACGUAAUAAUGAUCUGUUUCUGUAGCCAAGGGCCCUCAAGUGUUAGCAGCAUCGCCAAAGGUGUUGCAAAAUCCUGAUUAUCUGUUCUUGUAGUGAAAGGUUCUCAGAUAUUUAUACAUCACUGGACUUGCUACUUAAUAAUAAUCUGUUCUGUAGUAAAGUGCCCCCAAAUAUUGUCAGCAUCACCAAAGGUAUUGCAAAAUCACGAUUAUCUGUUCUUGUAGUGAAGGGCUUUCAGACAUGUAUACAUUACUGGAACUAUUGCAUAAAUAUAACAAUCUUUUCUUGUGGCAUGGGCUCCCAGAUAUAUCUAUUGUGUAGUAAUCGUCUUAAUCUUCUAACUCCCAGCUUUUGAUUACAUCACUUGAGCUAUUACGUAAGAAUUAUCUUACCCUUAAUGGAAGAAUUUUAGUAGGAUGCACAGAGUUUUUAUUUAGAUGGGGAAAACAGUUACAAAUAACAGAAGGAUAUUGUUCACAUGAGAACAAAUGUAAGCCCCAGUUAUUGAAAUUUAGUUGGAGCAUUCCAUCACGUAUAUUUGUGUAAGGCAAAGGAUCUUUUCACCUUUUAUGCCAAGAGAACAAUUUCAGGUGCAUGAAUAGGAUGAUUGACAGUGGCAUCCACCCUUUUGGGGUCAAAUAAUCCUAUUAAAAAUUCCCAGUAACUUUCACUUGCUAAAAGUUGGUGAAGAUGAGGUGAGAUAAGAUUUGGUUUCAAUUUAACAUGUGGUUGCACUUUGGAUUUUUGAGGUUGAUAGAUUACGUUCAACUUGAUGAAAGAACUUUAGUCACACUCUUAGAGAAAUGUCACUAAUGGAUUGUGAGACCUUUUAGUCGGUAGGCUGUGUUUUUUGUCACAAAAUCUGGUUACAUAAGUAAUUAUAUUACAAUACUGAAUGCUCAGUUCAUGAACAAAUGUAGCCUUAUUGUUGUAGUUAGGACAAACACUAUUCUUGUCUGAAUGUCAGCUUGUGUCUCGUUUUGUGGUUAGAAAUUAUCUUAUACUUUUUUAGACAGGCCAAUAUACUUAGUCUAGUAAGCUUUAUUUAUUGCAAACAGCUGGAAACAUUACACUUAUUUGUUACGUAGAAACAAAUACCUCUUGGUAAAACUUUGGGACACUGUCUUGUUUUAUAAGAGCAAGUACUUUGUUGCAGGGUCUCUUUCUGGCCACUCCUCAUGAAAAUAUGCAACAGCUAACAGGUUUGAUGUACAGUUUCCCAUGUUCUAUCCUUAUGGAUGAAGGUCCCAAUACCUGGUUCAAUUUGGCAUGGGGUCUCACUCACUAGAGACUGUUUAUCGAUGGCCUGCAAGCUUGAAGCAUGUCUUCUGUCUUGUCAUAAUGAUUAUAAAUCCUUGCUAGCCUUCAUCUUGUCCAAUACCACCAGUGUAAGGUUUUUAAAUAAGCAAGAUUUUGGGGAGAUUCUAAGUAAACAUUUUUAAAACCACAGGAAAUGUUGUUUAAAAUUAACUCAGUUUAAUCAUUUUAUAUAUUUCUAUGCUAAUACUAUUAAAAAAUAGCUGCUUUCUAAAAUAAUUCACUCAGUUUUACAUCAGUGGACAACUAAAAAUUGCCUUCAUCAGGAUUAUGUUAUGAAGUACAACCAAUGUCUGCUCCCAAGGGAAACAUUUAGAUUUCUUUUCCCACUAGUCGGAAUAUUUCACCAAAACCAAGUUGAGGGAAAUGUUGAAAUUUGUGGGAUAACAAACCAACUGUUUCCCAGAUGACCAACAUCGCAAACAAGCAAACUAUGAGUGGUUGUCACACUGUAACAUAUUUAACUGAGAACACUGAAUGUACCUUUGAAGAAUCACAUUUCUGGAGUCGUUCUGAUCUGCUCUGUCAGUUUUUCUUAUGAUGAAGUACAAAAAUGUGUUUUUUUUGGCCAAAGUCUGCUCCAUUGGGUUUUCAAGAGAUAGUGCAGAGCUCGUGAUAAACAGUCUGGAAUCACUGAGAAGUUCAGAGAAAAGAGCUUUUAAUAUAAAUGUCACACCGCAAACACACCUCUGGCUGAAUGCCACGUUCUGAUCAUGUGCAAAACCCGCACAAUAAUUUAUUCAAUUUAUGUUUCCCACGUGAAAUAGAAAUUUGACAGGAUGUCUAAACUUUAUCCUGAGUGAGGUACAUUUUGAUUUAUUCAGGGUCAUGUGGUUUUCAAUCAGCUCAUCACCAUAUUGUGUUUCGUGGCUGUAUAACAUACUUACUUUUUAACUUGCGAAUUGCGCGCAUGUGCAAGAGUGAGUUGUAGAUAUGAUGUGUCGAAUGGCACUCGCUCGCUCGCUCGAUUGGUCGAUUCCUGUAACCUUUUUUUUGAUAUUUAGGCUUUUGAGUGCAUUUGAUAAUUUUUGGCGAGUAGUAAACAAACGAAAUGGUGACCUUUGUUGCUAAGAAUAGUGAUGGGGUGAAAAAGAAGCCAAUGAUAAUCUUAAAAGAGUUUAUUUUUUUCGUUUUAGUUUCAAUAAGCAGUGCAGGAAUUUCAACACACCUGCCAGCAACUAGCAGGUGUGCGAGGAUUCAUACUGAAAUAAGAGAACAACCUUCAUUUUUCAUAAAAUUGUAAUUACUACUUGAAAACAAUCUGAAGAUUCAUUAAAAAUAUCACUUACUCCAAAGCGCUCGGAGUUUACAGGUGUUCAAAAGCUUUUUCUGUUAUGGUGUGAGAUUGGGGACAAAAUAGAUCAUUACAUUUUGUAUUGUGUGUUUUUUCUAUAUGAAGCAACAGAAGGUGCCGGUCAUUUCAAAUGUAAUGCCUUCUUAUCCCAAUGUUACUUUGUUUCUUUGCUACAUUAGUGAACACUGAACUACUGCUUGUACUCUAAAUAUGACAAUCCACCACAAAAUUUCCAAAAAAUCAUGUAAGUCAUCUGUCAAUUCACAAGUUUUCUCACAGAGCAGUUUGAUUCUAUGUAAAGUAAACCCGAUGUCAUAUUUUGGAAAUUAACCAUUGAAUAAUAAAGCUUGCCAUUAGAUGCUAAGAUAAAGAUAAAGCAGUUAUUAGAUUUGUACCAGAUAUAUUUGCUAAAUUUUAAAGAUAAGCAAUGUUGUAAGCAUUAACUCCUGUUUUGCAUAAACCUACAAUUAGUGGCAAAUGUAGAGUGCACACUUCCCCCAAUGUAGAUGGUGGGCAGCUUAACACUUAACAAAAUAAACAGAAAUAUUUUAAUUCAUCUGAACAGGUUUCUUGAAAGUCUUCCCCUUUUCCUCAAAGAAUGUUACAAGAAAUUAUUGACCAUUUUGUCAACACCAGGCAAUAUAGAAAAUGCAGGAAGGGGGGAGUGUGCCAAGACUUUAUCCACCAAUAGUCCAUUUUACAGUUUUGUGCUCAGUUGCCAAGCCUUUGAAUAGGAGUGAGGCUAAGGGUGACCUUGUUAUGAUACAAACCUUGCUGCUUUUCAAAUGUAAAUUACUUUGUUAUCAUGCUAACGAGAUACUGGUCUCUGUCACAACAAGGUCACCUUCAGCCUCACUCCAAAUCAAAGGCUUGGCAACUAAGUGCACAACUGUAAAAUGGCCUAUUGUAGGUGUGGCUUGGCUUGCCAUUAUAUUCUCUGAUGCUCAGUUGAAGAGCAUUGGAGCAUGAAAUAUGAAGUGUUGGGCCUCCAUUUCUUUUGGAAGACUCUGGUUUUUUCUUUUCUCAUGCUUGUGACACAACAAACAAAAUGUUGUUUUUCUAUGACAACCAAGAUUGACAUUUUUAAAACAUCUGUCUUAUUCUUAUUCUUGUCUGCUUUUUGGCUUUUAAUUUUAGGUCAAAGCUGAUCUUGGUGGAUCUUGCUGGAUCAGAGCAAGUUGGGAAAUCAGGAAGUGAUAGGAACCAACGUAGUGAAUCGAAAUACAUCAAUCUUUCUCUGCAUCACUUGGAAACUGUAAUUAUUGCUCUUCAGAGGUUUCGCAUGAGGUGUAUGAGGAAGAAACAAACUGGAAAAUGUUUAUGCCGUAGCUCCAGUGCUAUCAUGCAGCAAACAAGAGAUGCAGCACUGAUUCCUAAGCCAGCAUUGAGUGCUAAAUUGAAGAGUGCAAGUGCAUUUGAGUUGGGAAAAGGAAGUGUGUCGUCCCAUUCUUCUGACUGUGACCAAACCCAUGUGCCCUAUGGGAAUUCCCUUCUGACCAUGUUAUUACAAGACAGCUUAGGUAAGUAAGUUGUACCACAACGUAAAAAGCUGCAUUGUAAAUAAAAAUCUUUGAAACUCAUGAAGCCUAAAACUGUCAGAGGUUCACUGAGUUUUUGCAGCAUGGUAUCAGUGGUAGAGUUACUUUGCUUGGAUGGUAUCAAUUGCAGGUUACCCCAACAUUUUUGAUAGUUUCUCUUGCAUUUGACUGGAAAUCACACUGUGAAUUUGAAAUCUUGAAGCAUUUGCAAGAUAAGAUUUCUUCCUCAAAAAUUUAACAAGGUGAACCUGAACCUUGAUCUUUGAGCCAGCACAGUUCCAGAAGCCACUGUAUAUAUGUGCAUGUUUGAAAUAAAAAUUGACUCCCAGGAAUCUGAAAAAUCUAAAUCUCUUUACCACUCUGUUUCAAUAUUUCAUACAGGAGGAAACUGUAACACAGCUAUGAUUGCAGCAUUGUCCCUUGAUGAGGAAAACCUGUCAGAGACCAUUGCCACGUGCAGGGUUGCUCAAAGAGUUGCACGGAUUCUCAACAAGCCAGUGUGAGUAUGAAUGUUAAAUAAAAAUUUGUUGAUAUUUAAGAUGUAAAAGUCAAAUUUGAGAGUUCAUUUUACAACAGGUGAGAGGAUACUGAAACAUUUCGGUAAUAGUGGAACCCCUUCUCAGCUCAGGGGAAAAACUCAGAGCUAGAAGAAAUAUUCCCCAAACAGGUUUUCCUUCAAUAAAAAUAACACAUAGCUUCUGUGAUGGUACCACAUACAGUAGGCCCUUGAUUAAAGAGACACCUACAGGACUAGGAAAAGUGUUCCCACAUUAGAGGAGUCCCUUCUGUGAUGGUAACACAUACAGUAGACCCUUGAUUAAAGAGACACCCACAGGACUAGGAAAAGUGAUCCCUGAUUAAAGGAGUCCCUUCUGUGAUGGUAACACAUACUUUAGUCCCUGAAUUGAAGAGACGCCUACAGGACUAGGAAAAGUGAUCCCUUAUAAAAGUAGUCCCCUCUGUGGUGGUAACACAUCUGUAGUUCCUUAAUUAAAGAGACACCCACAGGACUAGGAAAAGUGUUCCUUUAUUAGAGGAGUCCCUUCUGUGAUGGUAACACAUACAGUAGGCCCUUGAUUAAAGAGACACCCACAGGACUAGGAAAAGUGAUCCCUGAUUAAAGGAGUCCCUUCUGUGAUGGUAACACAUACUUUAGUCCCUUAAUUAAAGAGACACCCACAGAACUUGGAAAAGUGAUCCCUUAUAAGAGGAGUCCCCUCUGUGGUGGUAACACAUACUGUAGUCCCUUAAUUAAAGAGGCACCCACAGGACUAGGAAAAGUGUUCCUUUAUUAGAGGAGUCCUUUCUGUGAUGGUAAAACAUACUUUAGUCCCUUAAUUAAAGAGACACUCACAGGACUAGGAAAAGUGUUCCCUGAUUGGAGGAGUCCCUUCUGUGGUGGUAAUGCAUGCAGUAGGCCCUUCAUUCAAGGAGUACCUGGGUGACCAAAGAAGUGUCCCCUGAUGCUGAUAUUUCAAAUUGGAAAAUACUAUUUUAAAUAUUUCUAUUGACCCAUUAACUCCCAGAAGUGAUUAACAUGUAACUUUUCCCUAUAAUACCCACUCGUUAUCCUGUAAAUAGGUAACAGGAAUACUCAAGCCUAUUAAGUAGAGGUUGUUAUUUUCAUCUUGCACUAAAUUCUUAUGACUAAUUUACAGGGAAAUUUUUAGCAGCUAGAGGGGAGAAUAAACAAUUUGAACUUGGGAGUUAAAGGGUUAAGUCUCUAUGACACUCAUAUAAUUUCAAGGGGUGGAGGUUUGAUAGUAGCACUUUAACGAGACCUUUUGCUGUACUGGGGUGCUAGAUUCUAUCUUCUAGGUUAACCAAAGUGAUCAAAAGGGAUUUUUCUCCUCACAGAAUCAAUACAUCCAUCAUUACAAUGCAUCAUACACAUUUUCAGUCAGGGAAUAUGGUCUGACUUAGCACCAAAUUCUUAGAGAUUAAACGAUGCGCAAAUUAUAGCAGACAUUACAGAAAAUUGAUAAUAAUGUAUUAAGAAUUGAAAUUGUGAAAUCAUUGUUUAUCUGUGUACAGAAGGAGCAUCUCGUACUUUUUCACUUUCAGACGCAACGAAGAGAUUGACAAAAAUAUGGUUAUAAGACGGCUUCAAACAACUUUGGCAAAACUACACUUAGAACUAGCACAUUACAAGGUAGGGUAUUUGUUAUUUCCUGUGGUUUAUGGAGUGAUGCUAUCUUGAAUACUGGUAUAUACCGUAUGGGUGAAGAGGUGAGGGCUCGACUUUGGAAUUACCUAAUAUUAACCUUAAAUUUUCUUUUAUUUAUUAAGUAAGUUAUGGAGCAGUUUGCCCUCUCAAGUGCGUCUUUCAAGGGAUUUAAAUGACUUCAAAAGUAAAUUGCAAGAUUGUAGCUUUUGAGGACGUGUCUUAUAGUUUUCUUGUCAUUUUUUUAGUUUAUGAUUUAGCUUUCUAUAUUUAUUGCAAGUUUUUACAUAUUUACUGUGUUGUUUUUAGAUGGCAUGAUAUUAUAUGUUAGCUGUAAUUACUAUAGAUUUCAUUUAUACUCGUUCGUAUUUUGAACGAGUUCUUAGCUCCUUGACGAAACGUGUUAAAAUAAAUGAUUGAUUAAUUGAUUGAUUGACGCUUGAAUUAUGCGCAUAACGGCUCACAUUACUGGACCUUAUCCUGGUUUCACUGAGUUAAAUAGAAUAAAGAAAAAAGAAGUAUUUUUCUCACCAUGGGUUUGCACUCAAACCCUUUACACCCUAACAUCAGAAUUUGUAUUCUCCCUUCUGUUCUCUAUGCAUUUCCUUAGGGGCUAACAAAGAGAAUUUGUUAAAAAAAUCAAGAGCUUCUUAGUUGGUGAUUAUUUCUUUUACUCUCGUGACUUUAAUGUGUGACUCAGGGGUGAUAUUUUAGGGAGAAAUUAGAUGCUAUUGACUCGUGGGGGGGGGGGGUCAAAAGGGUUAAUCCGUGGCUGGUCAUCUGCCCCCACUAGCCUUUGGCAUGGACUUCCUGUGAGUUCGCUUGUGGUUAUUAGCCUUUAAACCUCUGGAGUGGCUGGAUUCUAAAGUCUCCUUAUAUUUUCACCCCUGGAUUUAACAUCAGGCUUAUGAGAAUAAACGGAGUGAUCAUCAGCUAAAGAAGCUCAGUCAAUUGGGGAACAAAUUCUCCUUGUCAGUAGCAUAGGAGUUGUAAAGGGAACAGUGUGGAGAAUAUGCAUAUUGAUGUUAGGGUUUAGUGUGUUCAUGUUCCGUAGAGAGAAAUACUGGGAAUUCAGCAGAAAUGACGCUGCUCACAGGCAUACAAUUUGUAUCAGGAGGCCGUCAUUUAAACUAAACUUGCGUGAAAGGCUUUGUUGGCAAUUUAUUUCGUGAAAAUGUAAGCCGCAAAUGUCGCGUGUGUCAACUUUCUAAAUUGCUCCUGCUCACCCCCAUAGACUUUGUAGGGUGCACUUCUAAGGCAGUUGUCGCCGGAUGAAAUGAUUUUCGUCUUUGUCUUACUCAGAAGCAUAACAAGUUGCUGUUUUUACCGCUGGAUCAUCAGAACAGCCUUAACGACGAAGAAGAUUGUGUAGUGGUGAUGCAGGCUUUCCUUGCUGGUAGAAUAAGAGAUCCGGUGUCACACGGUGAGAACUCAAAACAUCUUCCUAUAAAUUCUUCUUACCUCUAAAUGAGAAACUCAAGUGCGCAGGUGAUGAGAAUUUGUAGCUGUGGAAGAUUUUGUCUAGAAUAAAAGAACGAAUUGUUGAGGAAACAACUUGGAAAAUGGGUUCAUUUUUAGCUGGAUCUUUUUAUAAAUGCAACCACGCAUUUAUAAAUUAGUUACGAGAAUUUGGUGUUGGAUUAAGAUGAAUACUUCUAGCUGAUAGGUUCUCAUGUUCUCUUGACUUGUUUACUGAAAAGAAUUAUGGAUAUUAUAGGGAGAAGUUACACGUUCAUCACUUCUGGGAGUUAAAGGGUUCAUUCUUCCCCUGAUUAGUUAGGAAAGUUAGGCCGAUUUUUCCAAACAAUCACAGCGCUUACUAAAAGAAAACCAUGAAAGUCCCGAAUUAAUUUCGGCUCGUAAUUGGAAAAAAUAUCCUUUUUAAUUACUGUUUUUUUUGUGGUCAAUAACAGGUAUAGAUACACCUACGAAGUUCCGCACCUCAUUGCGAUACUUGCGUCGGGUGCUUGGGGAAGUGAGAAUGCAAUGCUUAGAUGACAAGGAUAGCGGGGUACGCACGGGCAGUGAGCCUGCAUCGCCACUGACCAGCGAAGGGGAAAAUGACGGGCACUUGGUGUCCAGUUUCAUCGAAAAGCUGCCUUUUCCCGUUGGCGAUCUGUCUCAACACAGGUAUGUCGCCAUUUAGUUGAUUGAAUACUUCAGUUUUAUAAUUUUCGAGGAUCCUCACCAUAAGAAAACAGUUUACCACAAAGAAGUUUUCAGUUUUCACAUUAUUUCUGGGGAGCCAGAAAUGUUUAGCAAUUCUUAACUUUCAGUGAACAGAGGAGUGGCUUUGCAUGAACAAAAUCACGAGUGCAUGAAAGUGGAAGAUGAUUUUCGAUGAUGAUAUCGUUGUGAGGUAAAUAACAAGGAUUUGCGCAACAUCCCCAAACCACAGUGAAAGCUAACUGAGUUAGCAAUGUAAAUUGGUCACCGUAAAGAGUUUCAUAGCUGACGUUUCGAGCGUUCGUUCGUUUCGAACGUUCAAGAACGUCAGCUUUGAUACUCUUAACGGUGGCCAAUUUACAUUAUCAACCUAGUAGUUAAAACCGAAUGAUCUUGUGAUACUCCCUUGUGAUACUCCCACCGACGUAGCACCACAGUUUCUUUAGACACGUACCCCUUUUAUUAAUAGUGAAAGCUGAUGUGUGUAGGUCCGGAGGGUUGGCCUUGGCCUGAGUCGUCCGGCCCUGCUUUUUCACGGCUUAUUUGCAUUUUCCGAACUUAGAAUGAAACAAAGGAGUCGCACUUCUGAAUUUUCUACUGUAGAAUCGUUUUAGUGGCUAUCUAGUGCGCGCCCUUCUUUCUCUGCAAGUACGUCCUAUUCAGAAAAAACCAAAAUGUUCUAAGUUUCAAAACUUAGUCGUCAUAUGAUACAAUGCUUAUUGACUGAGUUUGAUGGAGCCGAACGGAAAAAUAGCUGGCUCUCGGGCGUGAACUACACACCAAGCGCAGCCAAAUGUUUUCCCGUCCGCUCAGUCAUUGUAGCUGAGUUGAAACGACCGCUUUUUUGUUGAAACAUCCAUUCAAAGGUUAUAUCUGUGAACAUGUGGGCGUAGGAAAUAACUUCGCUUACCAUCAAUCCUCUGGUAACCAUUUGUUACAGCGGCCAUUUUACGUAAGGACAGCUUUACUGCCUAAAAUUACUUAUCAAAUGCCCAUGACGAUCUCCUUGAUUCUCACUUUUCUGCAAAAACAGAAAAAACCUUUUGAGGUUAAUUCUAGAGAGUUGAUGUUCAUGUGACGAUGGUUUGCGCGCAAUCCUGUUGGCAUAGAACUAUUUUCUUUGCAGUUAUAACAAGAGAAAACGCAUUUUUGCGUAUUCGGAAUCUUUUAUGUAAUAUACUUGACAGUUUUUUCCAAAGUGUUACAGUUUUUCAUUGACGAGAGGCUACUUUGAAAAACGAUCAACAUAUUUCUUUUUGCCUAUACUUGUUUUAAAGGACCAAUCUCUUUCUUGUACCUGUUUUGUGGUUUGUGUCCAUUUACGUCUUCAGAGCAAUUUACAAUUGAGCGUUGCAAGCAAGUCGUGAUUGGUUUUGCCCCACUGUUCCAUAAUUAGUCAGGAAAACUCGCGCCACUUUUUCAACCAAUCAAUCGCAGCUUGAUGACUUGUGGUUUCCCGUGCAGGAGGCUGUUAAAAAUAUUCAGUGCGCUCUUGAGAGUAAUCCACUAUCCCAAUCUGUGAUUGGUUUAGGUAACAUGUGUCACUCUGUCGACCAAUCAAAUUCUAAACCGACCCUAAAGGAAUCAUGACUUGGUUACUCGCGUUUUCCCGCGCUUUUAGACAGUUUGCUUGUUUUGAAGGUCUCACUCGUUCCAUGUGAUAUUUUCUUUCUUUUAUUAAACAUUGCGAUUACGUUGGUUUUGGUUUUACGUCACUCGAACGAAAUGCGCUGUAAUAUUUACGUUUGUUCUGAUUGGUCAUUGUGGUUUCUUUGGUUGUUGUUUCACAACACUCUGUUGAAAUGCAUCGCAUAACCGUAAAAAAACGUGUUAAGUGGAAAUUCAGUGUGAUCUUCGUCUAGUUCUUGCUUGUCAGGAAAGUAAACCAUUUCUUUCUUUUUCCUUUUUGUUGUAAUCUUAAAGACGCAAUAACGCCGUGUGGAUCAAGAAAGAAAUCUAGUCAUUUGUCUCGAUUAGGCAUGAAGGCUGUAUUAUUUGAGAAAUUAUCGGCAUUGACCUUGGGAUUUGGAAGGAAAACCGCAUUUCAGAAAGUAAUGUGGUUACACCCUUAAUCGGUUGCAAAGAAUGCCGUCAGGAAAUUCGCUUUUGAUUAUUUUGAACAACUUUUCUCAAACAUAGGUUAUAUUUCAAACCCUGUUCGUAGAUUUAGUCGUCUUUGAUAGUUACAUAAAUGACAUUUUGAUUACUUUAAGUUGCAUGUAACGUUCUAGACAUUGCAACAACUUAUUUAAAUGAAAUGCUUGUGAUUUUCGUGUCCUUUCCAAGGUACAUACAAGCUUAUCACUCUCGUCAAUCGUAGCGGAUAUUUUUUUUAGAUGGCGGUAUUACUAAAAGAAUUCUAAACCGCCUGUUACAGUCUAUAUUUUGCAACUCUGAUAGACUUUUGAGUCCUUUAAAAAGGAUUGCAUUAGAUUAAUAUUUCGGCAGGGACAACUCGAAGGCCCAGAUAUAUAUUUACUUAAAAAUAUUGAGCAAUAAUCACACAAAGGACAUGCGAACCUCUUAAAACCGGAAUAUCUAAGCGGACUAACACAGAAAUCAUUUUUUAUAGUAAUAAAUACCUUUAACGCUGUUACUCCUCCAUUGGAGAUGCUGGUAAUACGGUUAGUAGAAAGCUCAAACCCGGCUCCAGUGAAUAUACCAUGUUGUGGGUGGCUUCCUCGCUGACCAUUCUCUGAAUACGACCCUCAAAGUAACAUUCAUUAUAAAUUCAACAUGCUAAACAAUCGUCCUUUCAUAGAAUUAAAACUGUUUCCUUUCACCAAAACGCUUAAAAGUGGCAGUCUAAGGUCUGCUAUAAACAGAUGCUAAAAAUGUGUGAAGCGGCGAUAUCGUGAUCAAAGUACAACUCGUGCUAUCUGACGUGGCUUGAUGUGUCGUAAUCUGAGUCAUGUAUUCUUUCAUCGCCUGAAGUUUCCCGACACGCGUCUGAUGUUGUUGUUGUAAAAACAUCUUCUACUUCUUGAUCUUUCUCCUCAACGUCUGCGCCUAAUUUUCUCGUUUUAAAGAGGAAUAUGCUGAAGAAACCGUCCUGUUUAUCUCCUGCUGGUAAAAAAAAAAUAUAUUUAAUGAUGACACCGACUCUGUUUUUAGAUUUGAAAGGGUAACUUUACCUUAUCCUCAGUUGUGCUAAUCAUGCUAAUCCCACAAAUGUUUUUUUUUUUUAUUUGUUUGUCGGGUAAAUGCUUGAACAAUGCGAAACUGCACAAAAAUGCAUUCUUCACUCGCACCAGCUGUGUUAACUGCGCCAUUUGCUUUGGUACACAGGGUUGAUUUCAAAAUGGCGCGUUUUUUGACGAGAAUUUUCGAACGGAGGUAAAAUGCACCAGAACUUUGGAGCAUACAAGAAUUUUCUCCUCUAAAACAGAAAAAUCUAGCAAUGCACGUUUAAUAUAAUGAUCACAUUUGGUCCAAUUUCUAGCACGUUCGAAGACAAUUUUUCGAACCGAGUUGAAAAUUGCUAGAACUUUGGAGUAUACCUCUUCUGUAACACUGGAAACUUGAAGUAUAGUACCGAGCGUUUACUUGGAAUGAUCGAGAUUGAAGACAAUAACUUUUUAUAAUAAGGCUUGUGUCGGAAACUGCCGACAAAACAAAUUUAAUGUUGGCAGAGUAGCUUAUUUCCUUUUUUAGUUUUAUCCUGGAUCAGGCCCUUCAUUCAGGUCAGGGAUAGGUGAAGAUUAUCAGGCUUAUCUUGGAUAUGAGGUAGUUUAGAAUUGUAUCAAUGUUCCCCAUUGAAAUAAUUUCCAGAUGUAUCUCACCAACACAUGCAGACAGUUCAAAUUGCCCUUCGAACCGGAAUGACGUGGUUAUUCAAGUCAAUUUGGAAAGGGUUUGCCUCUAUGAGCUGGUGUUAAUGCGUAACUUGGUAAUUUAGUAUUAUCAACUGAGUUGAUAACGUAAAUUGGCCACCGCAAAGAGUUUCAAAGCUGAUGUUUCGAUCGUUAACCCUUCGUCGAUCGCUCUUUAGAAAGUUACCCGCUUUAAUGCGUAACUUGUUUCGACAGGCCGGAGUAUGACGCGUCGGCACGCUUUACUUUUGAGUUCAGGAACAUCCCCUCCUGAUUAAAGUUGUGGGUGAAAUUGGUGAGGAGAUCAAGCAUUUGCAAUUUGCUUGAACUCUUCGUUCUCAACUGUGCGGGAGAGAACUAAUGCAAAUUUUUAAACAAUAACAGAAUGAUUGACUUGUGAAUUAACUGUGGAAAAUGAAUCACAAACCAGUUGGCUAUUUUAUAAGCUAGUUAUGAUAAGAGUGAUGGGUCGCAGCGACAGAAAGCGCACUAAGGCGGGAUGCAUGCAAUCAGCCACAAAAGUAUUGCCACAUUCCACUGAGACCGCAAUAUUCUGGAAUAGCGAACUAAUUUUAUCCCUGUGCAAUGUUGCUCUUUGUUUUCUAGGAAUCUUCAGCUUUAAAUGGCGGGGGGGUACUGUGGCGAAGUGCGAUCAUUAUGGAUUUUGUUUCUAAAAAUAAAUAGCUGCGUGAUAGUAGUUUGAAUUCUGUUAAAGGAAGGAGCCAUUGGUCAGACUGUGACACCUGAUUGGGAUCAUAAGCCCAUUGCGUUGUUUCCUGUCCUUCUGUCCGUUCUGAAAUCCGUCUUUGCUUUUUUUCCUUAGUGCACUGCGUUCCUUGUUUCUUCGUUUCUUCGUUUCUUCGUUUCUUCGUUUCUUCGUUUCUUCGUUUCUUCGUUUCUUCGUUUCUUCGUUUCUUCGUUUCUUCGUUUCUUCGUUUCUUCGUUUCUUCGUUUCUUCGUUUCUUCGUCCCUUCGUUCCUUCGUUCCUUCGUUCCUUCUUUUCUCUGUUUUUUUUUUCAUUUCUACGGACUCUCUUUGUUUGCUGGGCUUGUUACCUUGGUUGUUGCAGGAAGCUUUGAUUUACGAUAUCCUGUGGAACCAACGGGAUGAGAAAGUGUCUCUUGCAUAGAGAUGUCUUAAUGAAGAAUGUCAUUGUAGUACCUGACUAGGCAUACUUUCUUGCAGAGAAAGUAUUACCACCCAGGAAAGUGGCAUUUCUUUCACCACUGAACACGAGGGACCAACGACCGAUGGAAAGGAAUAUUCUUCUCCAGACUACCCUUACAGAACCCCUCAGCGGCCGGGGCCUGAAAAUGGUCAGCCUUGUACUCAGACCAGCCUGCACAAAAUUCGAGAGAGAAGGAAACUCCACCAAAGGGACGCGUCUGUCGGGACUGAUCAGCCAGUUGAACAAAAAGAUGUAACGAUAGCUGAGCUCGAACUUGAGAGGGAGACGCUUUGGUGAGUUCUGGAAUACUGCUUGCGGUUCGUUGAAUCAAUAAUGCCUCCCUCGAAGGGAAGCUCCACAUUUUACAUCAUUAUCAUACGAACUUACGAACAAAAGGAAUUGUAUUUUAUUGAAACAUUUCCAUAAGUAAAACGUCAUCAGAAUAACUUGUCAGAAAUAUUCCUACACACUGAAUAGCGUACCCUUUUCAAGAUAAUUACUUGAAACUCAAACCUACAUGUGCCCAAAUUCUUUAAACGUGUCGCGUGACCCACACGCUGUUUGGUUUUCAAGUACGCUUUCCAUGCUUACCGUUUACUUAUUCUUGUCUAGUGUCAAAUUUUUCUGAUUUUUUUUAUCUUUUGAUAAAUCGCAGGGACAAAAGCAAAACAUUUACGUCUCGGUUGAUGGAUCAGCGCGCCCGUCUUGUCAUGAUGUCGAGACAAGGCAAUCCUCCGGAAGAAUUAGAAAAUGAGAAAAUCGCGGAGUUUCAAUUGGAGAAAAAGAAGGUUAGAGAACUAAUGAAUAAGAAAUUGGAAAAAAAAAAAAAAAAACGUUACAACACGUAGGACCUUAGUUUAGAUUAAUACUCACCCGUUCAUAAGACAACCUUCAACGUUGCUCUGCAGAAGUAUCAUUUUGUGAGUUCAGGCAUAGGUACACAAGCGUGAGGGGAGUGCGAAGCAAGCUCGAGGAAAGUAUGAGGCAAACGCGAGGAUCGAGAUACGUUCCUUUCCUCAUGCCUUCCCUCGCGUUUUCUACGCGUUUGCUCGCAUCCGUCUUGAAACGUAAAAGAAAUAACGCCUACUCUUUAGACUAAUCCAUCAUCUUCAUCGCACUCCUUUUUUGGUGCAAGAACAGCGGCGAAGGAGAUAAGGAGUCAAUGAGAGCUUGACGAAUCUCUGUCUUCUCCUCUUAACCCUCGACACCCUAACAUCAAUAUGCAUAUUCUCCAUACAGUUCUCCAUACAUUGCCUGAGGUGCUGACUAGGAGAAUUUGUGUAACAAUCAAAAGCUUCUUUGGUUGGUGAUCACUUCCUUUAUUCUCGUGACCUCAAAGUGUGAUUCAGCACUGCUACUGUAAGGAGAAAUUAGUUGUUAGUCACACCCAGGGAUUAAAGGAUUACCAGUUAGAUAAGAUUACAAAUGGAUCCCAGUUACACGCGGGCGUACCUUUUUUUUGAGCUUUACUGACCAAACAAUAAGUAAAAGUGCUGCACAAUGAAACAUAAUUUUUAAGCCUAACCCCAGCUGUUGUAAAUGAGGCCUCAGCGUUCUUCAUUCCAGCGAAGAGAAAAAAGCCCCAAGGAGACAGUUUCUUAAACGCUUCUAUUUCUUGUUCAGUUUCAAGCUGGUGAAGCCAAAGAUAAAAUGUACUGAAAACCACAUUCACAAUAAUUUUAAAAUGGUGAUUAUUCUCGUAUUUCAUGCAGCGUGAUGUGGAGAGUAAGCUGUCUUCAGUGAUAAAGAAACUUGCUGAUUUGAAACACACUGAACGAGCCAGACAGCUGUCCCAGGUUUGUUUGUUUGUUUAGUUUGUUUUGAACUAGAGAAAUUUCAACUUAAUGCAGAAAGAAAAACGAUGCAUGUUGUCUUGGUUUGUGUAACUUCGCGCUCCGAUUUCUCUCGGAAACAUGUACCCUUUCUUUUUAGCAAGUCAGGGACAAACUUCUCGCAACUAUUUCACACUCUCCUUUAUACCUGUUACAUAAAAACUGGUUGGUUUUCUUGUUUUUUUUGGACCACUCAUACAGCGUAAUCCGAGAUAGCGUGGUUUUUUCUAUUGAGUUGAUAAUGCAAAUGCUUUAGAAGCUCUUACGGUGGCCAAAAACCAAAUAAUCUUGUAACCCUCUCCCCCCCUACCGACGCACCCGCCCCUCACCGACGCAUCACCAGAGUUUCUUUUGAAACUUACCCUCUUUAUUCUAUGGUAUUCCGGAUUACCUUCGGCUCCGUCAAUUGUAAAUUGUACUUUUCUUUUUUGUCUUUAAGCCCAACCAGUACAGCCAUCAAGUACCAGCUAAUACUGUUGAGAAAUUAAAGCUCAAAGAGCAGUGUACUCGUCAAAAAUUGUUAUCGCGAAGAGAGCAGAUGAAAAGCUUGGUUUUCUCAUCGUGUACACAGUCACACCAGCGAGUGCCUUCCACUGCAAGCUUCUGCUCUAGAUCCGUUUACGAUUCCAGCUUGUCAAGGCCGUCUUCGACGACGUUACCGAAGCCAGAAAGUGACGUACGAUACCUUUGCCGUACUCCAACGGGUUCUUCAAUCUCGUCUACUUCCUCUUCGCAUUGUAGAGUUCUCCGAGGCAAACCCACCGCGUCGAGUAGAGCGCCGAGUUGUUGCUCACACCAGACAUGGAGAAUGCCUUCCUGUUCUCAAAGUUCUUUAUCCAAGAGAGGAGAUUCUAGCAAGAGAUUACCACUCAGCAGAGAUGUGAAGUGCAGAACAUUGGAAAAUGCGAGCAAAGCUUGCCCGCUUGUCCAAUACAUGAGUAAUUCUCACCGUGCUUUGUACCACAAGUCGACAUUUCCACGUCGUAUAGACUCUGACGGAUUUUGUAGCUUGCGUGGAACAAAACGUAUCCAGAGAACAGAGUCAAAAAAGCAAGUAAAACCACCAAAUAAUGAACCUAACGUGUCGAGGAGCUCUUCGAGUGUUCCUUUGGAAUUGGACAGACACGUUGCAAAUCUCAGCGAGAAGGAUCGGGUCAUUACAUUACCUCCAGACGAAACGGUUCCCGAAAGAGUUUCGGUCGCACUCGAUCACUCUGACCACAACGACGAAGAAGAUAAAUUAACAAAUUUGGAGAAUUUUCACCAAGUGGGAUCAGGCCAAGCAACAGGUAACAAGGCUGGAGAAGAACCAAAUCUCACCUCUGUGAUUCUUCUCAAAAGUCGGGAAGAGAAAAAGAGAAGAAUGGAAAUUCGGAAAUUUUUCAAUGCGGCAGAGGUAAUACAAAGAACCUGGCGUACACACAAGAGAAAAAAGAAAGGGGAGAAAUCCUAAAUAAUGGAUUCAAAAAACCUGUAACACUUACAUUUUUAAGUUAUUCUCAACAAUUUAAAAUUGAGUUAGCAUCGUGCAGUGAU